AAAGAUGCACGUCCUGCGUGAGUUUCCAUCUCAAGUGGCCUUCCGUGUAUUAGUCUGAGCCUCUGUCCACGUUGAACAGGAAAUGCCUCAAAAACUUCUGUAUCAGUGUCAAAUACACAAGACUACCAUAAAACCCGGAUCUUAAUCAACACAAAGUUGAGAUACACCUACAUUGAAAGCCAGGGAUUUUAUACCAACGCUAGCUACAGUACACUAUUUUCUGCGCUAGGCAUCUGAUGAAUGCACGCCUGCCCCUCUGGAAAUGAUGUCAUGUUGUGAUCUUGUGAAUUAAUUUUUUAUCCUAAAUCAUGGUAUUUUUACACGCCAUCGCAAAUUUUGGUACUUGAGGUGCAAAGUCACAAGAUAAAUAAUACAAGUCCUGUACAAAGUUGGUUUCGACAGUGUUUUAAGAGCAACCAAUAAUUGAUCACUGUCUCCAUAGCAACCUUCAACAAACGAGUCGCACUCGGGUCCGAAUUACAUUUACGUAUCCGGUAAUUGCCCAUCUUAAUUUCAUUUUAUUCUUAAAAUGUUGACGUUUUACUCUAAAAAUGUCGCCAUUUCGUGUGAUGCCAAUAUUAGGAUUGCUACACUAAGGAUGGCACUUCCAUAGGUCCAUACAAGGGCUUAGAGGCUGUGUUGUGACGUCACUUAAAAUCCUUUACUGUCCCCAUGAUAAGUAUGUGGAUUCACGCCAGUUUGUUUACGCGCGCGUUGUUCGGGAAACAACGUGUGAACGCAACACAAACGCAUGCAAACACACAAACGAGUUUGCAACAUUCGGGGCGUUCGGUUUGGUGGCUUUGGUGGUGAAUUUCAUCUCGUCCGCGGCCAGCUGGCUGUGCAUCCGUGGACGUCGCCAGUUUAGUCGGGACGUGGGUGGCGUCAACCCUGACCAUGGCUAAGCCGCCGGGUGGGUCCCAUUUCUUGUGCAUCCUCGUCACCACCGCGGUCAUCAUCUCUAGUUCUGCGGCACAAGAUGAGGCGAGCGCCGGGCACGGCGAGCCUUCGUCUGCCUUGCCGGGCCGCGCCCGGACGGCCAGUGGUCUGGUGUCACGGUGGGUGCUCUUCGGCGGGGAGCUUAGCGAGAAUCUAGGCUGGCUGCUCAGCUCCUACGCUGACUUAGCAAGGGAGUUCGUCUACAAGAUAACACCGAAGGGAUUUCCGUGGGAUCCUUUGAUAGACGUUUUUGUUGGAUCACCCGAGGUCAUUCAAGCACUGUGGGAGAUUGUCAAGUCCGAGGCUGGCAUAUUUGGGGUGUCUCUGGUCUUCCUGCUCCUUGGUUUACUCCUUCCAAUCUCGGGCGUCUUUUUCUGCCUGUGCCGGUGCUGCGGCCAGUGCGGGGCCGUGCGUCGAGAGGAGAGGAUCCGUAAACUGGCGUGUUGUACGGGGGUCAUAAUGGGCACGUUCCUGGUGGUAUUCUCGCUCCUCGUUGUGGCGGCCAGCUGUUUUACCAUUCUCUCAGGAGAGCGACUGUCGCAGAGUGUCAUGCACUUCGAGGGAAAAGUGAAUUCCAUUAUGGACGACAUAGACAACUUCCAAGAUAAACUACUUGGGGAUCUGAGGCAAGUUGGUAACAUCAGCUACAUCAUUCAUAACACCAUGCAGUCAUUGGAAGAUGCCAACAACGCAAUCUUCGGUCCUGUUGCUACAGAGUUCGAAAGUAUCUCUGUGCUGCUCAACAGCACGGUGUUGCAACUCAAUCAAGAUUUGGGUCCUCCAUUGACAUCACUCUCGGCUAUCACUGGUAGCCUCGGCGGAACCAUCGGCCAACUCAAGACCGACGGAUUGGCAUUCCAGACAGUGGUGAACGACGUCGCCUCCGAGCUCCAGAAUUUCCGUGAUAGCGACUGCAGUGGAAGCGUUCCUGACACCGUCGGUGGAGUCUGCACCUUCAUUCCCGAUCACAGUCCGUUUGCUGGGUCGCUGUCCUAUUCCAUGUUGAAUGCAUACGACGUGACUCCCAUCGUUAUGUACACAGCUAUUCCUGGCCCAGCCCUUACUGGAAUUUCCGAUCUUCUACUGACGGGAGACUCUGCACUGAGAGAAGCUCAAGCAGCAGUAAGCUAUGCCACCGAUGACGUUUUUCAGGACAUCGGUGACACAUUAGCCACAAUUCAGACGACGGUGACUGCAACGACAGAUGAAGUGGUCUCAGGAUUAGAGGAGAGUUUAGGUGAGUCACUAGACACGCAAGUCUUCCGUGAUCAGGUUGGUGAGUACGUGGACCUGGUUGAAGAGUACGAUAUGUACAGUUAUGUGGCCUUCAUGGUAUUCGCUUCUCUCGGCUUUGUGAUGUCUCUCCUGUGCCUCCUGGGAGUGCUUUGUGGCGGGUGUGCACACGACAAGACCAGACGACCCAGCGAGCGGACUAAAAUAUCCGAGUGCGGCGGCAAAUUCAUGAUGGGAUCCACGUGGUGGACGUUUGUCUUUGCAUUUUUGUUCUGUCUACCCACGGCUGUUUGGUUCAUCGUCGGAGCCAACGUGACACUGAUUUGCGACGCUAUGAACGACCUCACCAUCAUGGAUAAGCUGGUGGACAACCCGUUGCUGUGGAAUGGAAGCACCCUGUUAGACUCCGUCGUGCGGUUUGGCAACUCUCCUCUGAAUCUCACAGCCCGACAUUUCCUAGAAGAUUGUCAGGAGGACCAGGCAAUAUACGAGGCGUUGCAUCUGUCGUCCGUUGGUCUCCUAGACGGCAUAGACGCCGUAGAUAUCUCAGAGUUCAUGCCAUACGUAGAUGCCUUCAGGCAAAACAUGUCUUCUACUAUCAACAGCCUAGAUCUGCUGACUGGACCCACCCCUCUCACCCUCCUCGUCUCGGCACUCUCAGUACCUGCUUUCCCGCUGGUUUCAAUGGUCCACUCUGUUGGCACGUUGAAAGGACUUACAGAGGCCGUACCAGGGCAGGGUGCCAUCGACGCUUUAAAUCUAUUCAUCAACAAGACGUGGGAGGCAUACGACGCUCAUGGGGCUUCACAGCCAGACUUCCAGCAACAAGUUGACAAUGCCAAUAGCAUCCUCACAGACCUGGAGAGCUUGGUAACCAUGCAAGCGGAUCUGCUCGCUCUUCUGAAUACAUACACAAGUGAGGUUACAUCCUUUGAAGCGAGUUUCUACGAAGUUAAGAAUCUGACGUUGGAUGCUUUGCCAAGCAUCGCCAGCGGCUCGCAAGACUUGCUUGACCUGUCCUCAGACGCUACCAACCUUAUCGAGACGUCCCUGAACUCGUACAUAGACGACCUCGUCGUAAGCGCAGAGGAACUUGUUACAGGGCCAAUAAAUAAGAUCGAAAACGAGGUCGGGCGGUGUGGCGUUGUGGCCGAGGCAUACGAAGCGACAGUGGCCGAGGUCUGCGUGCAUUUUCUGACAGGAUUCAACGCCCUCUGGCUGUCCACCGGCAUCAUUUCGCUUUGCUGCUUACCAAUUAUAGUCCUCAAUGUGCGUCUGUCCAAGUACGUGCGACGAGCUAGGCCAACAGAGGGCGCCCGAUACCGUGACGGGCGUCCAGCGACAAGAGACGCUUAAGUCUUGCUGAGAAACUUUAAAUUUCUGAAACACAAUUCUUUUUCCUUUUUUAAUUAUUAAGAUAACAAGUCGUUUAAUAAUGUUUUCAAUUACACCGGCUCAUCGAUCAAAGGCCGAACUUGAAUUAGCAAUUGUUGGCAAUAUUUUUUUGGUCACUCGUAAUGCUACAUAUUAAGUGAAUGUCAAAUUCUAGAUCGGUAUUCAAAAUAAGCCAACUCCAACAAAGUGCAAACACUGGAAAUAGGAAUCAUGGAAGUGCCAUUAUUUUGUAUGUUAUUACAUAACCCACUGCAAAUUUGAAAGUUAGGCUUAAAAGCUUUCGAGAGACUGAUCAAAGCAACAUUAAAAUAAUCUGAGGACUUGUAAGCAUUUUAAAAACUUCUGGAGUUAAUUCCUAUCACUUUGCCUUCUCGUUUGUAGGUAUCAACGAAACGAAAUACAAUCGUGCAAUUUUUAAGUGCUCAUCCUUGCAAAUACCAAAAGAGGAUUAAGUUCUAGAUGUUACGACAACCUCAAAUCUGAGAAUGACAAAUGAAGUGCUUCGCUGAAGUUUAAUGUAAAUAAAUAAGGGCUGCUUAAUUUCAGUUCAAACGUUGGUAGCGACAGAGAAAAUGUACGACCUAGGCCCUAAUGUCAAUAGUCUUCAGUAACACCGGGUGGACUAUGAUUGUGACCUUUACAAGGACCAUCGAAGGGUCAAUAAAACGAGGAGUCCCUAAGGGUCAAUAGGAA